GGCGGCGAGAGAGAGAGAGAGGUGGUGGGUGGGGGAGAUGGCGACGACGAACAAUACGACGGUCGCAUGCAAGGGGCCGAUGAAGGCAACAUCGGAAGGGGCGUGGCAGGGGGACGACCCGCUGCACCAUGCGCUGCCGCUGAUCAUUCUACAGAUCUGCCUGGUGGUCGUCGUCACUCGAACCCUUGCUUUUCUCCUCCGGCCUCUCCGUCAGCCCCGUGUCGUCGCCGAGAUCAUCGGAGGCAUCCUGCUGGGCCCCUCGGCCUUGGGCCGCAACAAGAGGUUCCUAGACUCCGUAUUCCCCAAGCAGAGCCUCACGGUACUCGACACCGUCGCCAACCUCGGCCUCUUGUUCUUUCUUUUUCUCGUUGGAUUGGAGCUGGACCUCCGGGCCAUUCGACGCACUGGCAAGAAAGCUCUGGCCAUCGCCCUGGCGGGCAUCUCCCUCCCCUUCGUGUUGGGCAUCGGCACCUCCUUCGUCCUCCGCACCACUGUCGUCAAGGGCACACGUCAGGGUCCCUUCCAGGUCUUCAUGGGCGUUGCCCUCUCUAUCACCGCUUUCCCCGUCCUUGCUCGCAUCCUCGCAGAACUCAAGCUCCUCACUACCGACCUAGGACGCAUGGCUAUGUCAGCUGCUGCCGUCAAUGAUGUCGCCGCCUGGAUCCUACUCGCCCUCGCCGUCGCCCUCUCCGGCUCUGGCUCCCCGCUUGUCUCCCUCUGGGUCUUCCUCUCCGGCGCCGCCUUCGUCGCCUUUGCCGCCAUCCUCCUCCGCCCCGCCCUCGCCUGGAUGGCCCGCCGCUGCCUUGAUGGCGAGCCUGUUAAGGAGUCUUACAUUUGUGCCACUCUCGCCACUGUCCUAGCUGCGGGCUUCGUCACGGACACCAUCGGCAUCCAUGCCCUCUUUGGGGCCUUCAUCGUGGGCAUCAUCGUUCCCAAGGACGGGCCUUUCGCCGGGGUGCUCAUCGAGAAGGUGGAGGACCUCAUCUCUGGCCUCUUCCUACCUGGCUUGCUUCCACGGCAACCGCAACAUCCCCACCAUGAUCAACCUGAUCGAGUCCUCCCGCGGCACCCGCCGCCGUCGCGUCACCGUCUACGCCAUGCACCUCAUGGAGCUCUCCGAGCGCUCCUCUGCCAUCUCCAUGGUCCACAAGGCCCGCCGCAAUGGGCUCCCCUUCUGGAACAAGCUCAACAGGGGAGCGGCGGGGAACGGCGACCAGGUGGUGGUGGCCUUCGAGGCCUACCAACAGCUUAGCGGUGUCGCCAUCCGCCCCAUGACCGCCAUCUCCGACCUCCACACCAUCCAUGAGGACAUCGUUGCCAGCGCCGUCCAGAAGCGCGCCGCCCUCAUCAUACUGCCCUUCCACAAGACGCAAAGCCUCGACGGCUCCCUCGAGUCCCUUGGCACCGCCUACCAGAACGUCAACCAGCGCGUCCUUCGCCACGCCCCCUGCUCCGUCGCCAUCCUCGUCGACCGUGGACUCGGUGGCGCGGUCCAGGUCUUGGCCAGCGACGUCUCCUAUGCCAUCGCCGUCCUCUUCUUCGGAGGUCCCGACGACCGCGAGGCCCUCGCCUAUGGCGCCCGCAUGGCCGAGCACCCGGGCAUCGCGCUUACCGUCGUCCGCUUCCUUCUGCCACCUCCCAGUGGAGAAGUCGACGCCGACGAGCGCGCCGCCGACGGGGCAGCGUUGUCGGACUUGGUGAACAAGCGCCCGGAGAACUCGCCGUCCGUCAAGUACGAAGAGCAGGCGGUGGCAGAGCGAGCGGAAGUCAUGAGGGCCAUCAAGGCUUUGGGGCGGUGCAACCUCUUUCUGGUGGGGAGGUCGCCGCAGUCCGGGGUGCCGCGGCUCGUGGAGCGGACGGACUGCGCGGAGCUGGGUCCUGUGGGAAGCUACCUGGCGUGCUCGGAGUUCUCGACGUCGGCGUCGGUGUUGGUGAUCCAGCGCUACGAUUCCAGUGCGGACCCGUCCAAGUUGGUGGAGGAGGUGGCGGAGAUCGAGGACGUGCCCGACACUCCGGUGCCAGCUAUGACGCCGGGGUCCUCCCACCGGCCACUAGAAAUAGAGAAAUGAGACCCAGGGGUCUCGGGGUGGGCCCUAUCAUAUAUGUUUUCCUUUGGUGAUGGGCCCUUCGCAUGAU